UUCUAUCUAUAUGUAGCAGAUUCAGUGUGAAGAGUUGGUAUAGAUUUUAUGGGAGGAGAAGACCCAGCUCCCACUCGCUGGUCAUUCGAGGAUUUCAAGAUGUUCUAUAACUCAAGGUUUGGAAGGAAGAAGGAAGAAAAUGAAGAGACAACAGAAUCGAGGCCAGAUGGCAAUUCUAAUGGUGCUGCCCACGCAAAUGGAGGAACCAAGAACACACCAGAGUUAGCUGUCUUCGAGCAAUUCGAGCGUCAGGAACGCCCAGGAGUCAUUUCAAAUGGAAAUUUGGGGACACCGCAAAGGCCCCUACUUCCGGAAUUUGAUUCUGCAGAAACACGAACUUUGGCAGAGACCUUGUGCAGGGAUAUUAUCCGUGGUAGCCCAGAUGUGAAAUGGGAAAGCAUCAAAGGGUUAGAUAAUGCAAAAAAGCUUCUUAAAGAAGCAGUAGUCAUGCCUAUAAAAUACCCAAAGUACUUCACUGGCCUUCUUUCACCUUGGAAAGGUAUCUUACUAUUUGGCCCUCCAGGUACUGGAAAGACUAUGCUUGCAAAAGCUGUGGCAACUGAAUGCAAGACUACAUUUUUCAAUAUUUCAGCCUCAUCAAUUGUGAGCAAAUGGCGAGGUGAUUCGGAGAAGCUAGUAAAAGUGUUAUUUGAGCUUGCAAGGCAUCAUGCACCAUCUACCAUAUUUCUUGAUGAGAUUGAUGCAAUCAUUAGUCAACGGGGCGAAGCUCGUAGUGAACAUGAGGCUAGUCGUCGUUUGAAGACUGAACUUCUUAUACAGAUGGAUGGUUUAAUGAAGACAAAUGAGCUUGUCUUCGUGUUAGCAGCAACUAAUCUACCAUGGGAAUUGGAUGCAGCUAUGCUCCGGCGCCUUGAGAAGCGGAUUCUUGUACCUCUUCCAGAACCAGAAGCAAGACAAGCAAUGUUUGAGGAACUUUUGCCGUGUGUCCCUGGCGAAGAAGAGAUUCGAUAUGAUUUUCUGGUAGAAAACACGGAGGGUUAUUCUGGUUCCGAUAUCCGCUUGGUAUGCAAAGAAGCAGCGAUGCAACCUCUUAGGAGGUUAAUGUCGGUUUUGGAGCGACAAGAGGAAGUCGUGCCUGAUGAGGAGUUACCGGCAGUUGGUCCGGUGACACCCAAAGAUAUAGAGGCAGCCCUGAAGAACACAAGGCCAUCAGCCCAUCUCCAUGCUCACCGCUAUGAGAAGUUCAACGAUGAUUACGGCAGUCAGAUUCUUCAUUGAUGAGUACUCCAUCUUAUGCCUUUUGUUGAUGAAUUUUUCAUAGUUGUUGUAGAUUAUAGUUGGUGCAUGUCUCUGUGAAUGAUGGGCAUUGAUGUUUUAACAAGUGUAGCAUCUAGUUUAUCAACUUUUAAACUUGUAUUGCAGUGAGAGGCAUCGACAACUUAUCCGUGGCUGAAGAGUGGUGAUUGUGGUUGGGGUUCAAAAAUUUCAAUUUAUUAAUAAAGCAGGCUAUUGCUUAUGCAACUAUUAUGCAUUA